AUGAGCAGGCCUGCAGCAAACCCUCUAGGCAACGGUGACAUUAUUGACCUGGAUGAUCUUGAUUUAGACCUGGAUGCGCUCUAUGGUGAUGGCUUGGACUCGGAUCUGGAUGAAACGCCAGCACAACAGCAUAGCCCCCCGCCACGGUCCACUACAGCAGCAACAACGACGUCGCGAGCGCUGCCAUUUGUUCUGAAAUCUGCUGGCCAAGCAUUGCCACUGUCGCGGAUUAGCGGCGACAAUUCACUGGUUGAGGAAACCCAUCGCAUGGACCUCAAGGCUAUGGAGACAUAUAUAUACCCGCUUCUUGGCGGGCAGCCGGCGCGUGCAUACCAGCAGGGUGCUAUCCGGCGGUGUUUGUUUCAGAAUACGCUGGUUGCGCUGCCGACCGGCAUGGGCAAGACGCUUAUUGCUGUGGUCGUGAUGGCAAACUUUGCCCGGUGGUUUCCAGACUCCAUGACAGUGUUUCUGGCACCUACCAAGCCGCUGGUUACGCAGCAGAUGCACGCUUGCGACGGCAUGAUCCAUGCAAUUCUCAAGCGCACCGUGCAGAUGAACGGCAGCGUAUCGACAGAGUCCCGGUCAGCACUCUGGAAGGGCGCGCGCUUUGUGUUUGCCACACCACAGAUCCUGCAGAAUGACCUAAAGUCCGGCACGCUCGAUGGCGACACUGCGCGCAGGAUCUCGCUUGUGGUGAUCGAUGAGGCCCAUCGUGCCACAGGCAAGUAUGCCUAUGGUGAGUCCAUCUCGCUCCUGCGCGAGGUGUACUUUGGCAACCAGAUACAGGCGGUCCCACUAGCUGCACCGUUUCGUGUGAUGGCGCUUACAGCCACACCUGGCUCAAAGAUCAAUGCAGUACAGGAGGUCAUCCAUCGCCUGUUCAUCUCCCACAUUUUCCUGCGCACUGAGGAGUCGAUGGACGUGGCGCCGUAUUUGCACGGGCGACGGAUCGAGGAGAUGGUUAUUCCAAUGCCACCAUGGCUGCUAGCUGCGCGAGAAUGCCUGGGCAAUGUGAUGAAGCGCAGCAUCAACAUCCUGUGCCAUGUCUGCGGUGCUAUGCAGAAUCCAGGCGACCCGCUUCGAGUCGCAUCAUUUGCAAUCCGCACCGAGCGCGACCGAUUUAUGCAGCGCCCGUAUGGUGGAGGCGCGUCAGGAAUGGACAAGGGGCGGAUAUUGAGUGAGUUUACGGUAGCGAUGAUGCUGGCGUCUGCCAUCCAGCUGCUGUCGGAGCACGGGCUGCGACCAGCAUGGGCAUCGCUGAGGGAAUGCAAUCUAGAGGUUAUGCGUGCUCGACAGAAGAUCGGGCAGACGUCUCGCGCAAAGGCUGACUGUGUUGACAGCGUCGAAUGGGCAACUAUGAUGCGUGACAUCGCAUCGCUGACGAAGCCUGGGUUUCUUGGUCACCCAAAGCUGGAGCGUCUGCUACAGGUGGUCCGGGACCAUUUCUCCAAGACCCAAGCGAGUGGGAGCCUGAGCGCAUCAACACGGAUCAUUGUGUUUUCCCAGUACCGCGGAUCGGUUAACGAGAUUGUUGGUGUUCUGAGCCGACUCAAGCCACAGGUAUCCUGCGAGCCUUUCAUCGGCCAGAGCAGGUCGUCUACAAGCUCAGCGCCAGCCGAGCUGCUUGGUGAGCAGGGUUCGCGGGGACAGACGCAGAAAGAGCAGCUUGCUGUGCUAGACCGAUUCCGCAAGGGCCAAACCAACGUCAUCGUUGCUACAUGUGUCGGCGAAGAGGGCUUGGAUAUCGGUGAGGUUGAUCUGAUUAUCAACUACGAUGCCCCUGGGUCGCCGGUCCGCCUGCUGCAGCGGAUUGGACGCACAGGGCGAGCGCGGCGAGGCACUGUGAUAUUGUUCCUUGCCAAGGACACUCGAGAAGAAAACACAUAUAAGAAAGCGCAGCGAGAGUACAAGAGUGUGCAGCAGAAAAUCUCGACAGGGAAGGGG